AAUACAUUGUAACAAAAAUGAAUCAACCUUUUUUCAGGGAGACCACUCUUAGAAUUACCGUUAUUCCCGUUCGGCUUUCAGCGAACGAUUAGAGAUGGCGGCUGGUGGAGGAAUGGAGGAGAUGGUGGCACAGUUUUGUGCUGUAACUGGUGCUGGGCAGGAUGUGGCAGAAAGACUUUUGGAAGCUUGCAAUGGUAACUUGGAGCUGGCCAUUGGCAUGCAUAUGGACCAAGAGGAGGCACCCGCAGUUGAUAUCAGUCAGCCAGGAGGAUCAAGAACCCAGGCCAGAAUAUCACGACGGGUUCAAAGGACAGAAAGAGCAGGGGAGGCUCUGGAACCUGAAGCUGGGGCAGCUGCUAUUGCAGGAGAGGAAGACCUAAAUGAACUUGGUGUGAGAGCCCCUAUUCCUCAGCGGCAUGAAGUGCUUGUGGAAGAGGUACCUAAAUUUUCCUUUCGAGGUCGUCGCCGCUCAGCUAGAUCUGUAUUUGAUGGUUUCAGAGAUUUUCAGGCAGAAGCAAGGCAGCAAGAAAACAUGCUCGUGACUGGCAUCCAGUUUGCAAAGAAACACACACUGGAGGACUUGUUUCGGCCUCCUAUUGAUAUAACUUUCAAAGGAACCUUUCAUAGUGCACGAGAUGCAGGGACCUCGCAGAACAAGUGGUUGUUGAUUAAUGUGCAGAAUGUCCAAGAAUUUGCAUGUCAAGUGCUUAAUCGUGAUGUCUGGAGUAGCAGUUCUGUCAAGACCUUGAUUCGAGAACAUUUCGUUUUCUGGCAGGUGUACCAUGACAGUGAAGAGGGGAAAAAAUACAUGCAGUUCUAUCAAGUCCAGCAAUGGCCAUAUGUAGCUGCACUAGACCCCAUAACAGGUGAAAAUCUUGUCACGUGGCACAGGGUUGAGCCGUCAUCUUUCACUGAGCUCUUGAACAUGUUCCUAUCAGAUCACCCUAACCCAGAAUCAUCCAACGGCAUACCACCAACAAAACGACACAAGGGGACUAACAGCAUAGUGGAUGCUAGUGAAGAAGCCCAGUUGGAGGCAGCUAUAAAAGCAUCUCUCAACCAGCAGUUGGAACCCAAGCCAUCAGGUUCCACCUCAGCUGGUGCUUCCAACUCCCACCCUUCCAGUUUCAUCACAGUAGACUCAGGUUCUGAAGCUGGCACAGAUGAGCUGGAGACAUUCUCAGAUUCCGACGACAACAGCAGCCGUGAUGCCACGCCUCAGAGUGGGGCACGCAUCACAGGCAGUCAGGGGGGUCAGUCUCCUUGCCAUCGGAAUGUGCCUUCAGGGUCAUCUCACUCCCCAACAAGACAGCGCAGCCAUGGCAGCAGGAAUCACAUUGGUGGUGCAUCUCCGUCAGUUGGAGAACCAUCUGGUAUCCCUCUAGUGAGACAAGUUCUUCCAGGGAGAGCAGAGACAGGGACUGGAGAGGAGAAUGGUGAUCUGCCCUCCACCUCCAGUGCUCAAGGGAGGGGCCAAGGGUUGCGGCUGAUGGACGAAAGUGAAAAUGAAAGUUCACAGGGCUGGCGUGGAUCUCAUGCCAACACACCAAACUCUAUGGAGAUGCUGGGAGGCAGGUCCUCAGAGGUGCACACUGUAGACUCCUCUUCCAACAGCAGCUUAGCUGGCAGCACUAUUGUCAAUGUAGAUGAUGAAUUGGACAGUGAAAGUGUUGAAGAGGAAGAGACAGACCAUGUUGAUGUUGUAGGAGCACUCAAUCCUUCCCUGUGGCAGCAGCACUUUGGAGAUGCACAAGAUCCAGAAACAAACCUUGUGGUUCGAUUUCCUGAUGGCCAGAAAGACCUCCUGACACUGCCUUGCUCUUCUAAGCUGAAGGCUUUGUUUGUCUUCUGCUCAGCCAAAGGAUUCGACCCAGAAAAAUUUGAACUGGUUGUCAAUUUUCCUCGUCGACAAAUCUCCUCUCUGAACCCUGAUCUGACUAUAAAAGAUGCAAAACUACACCCACAGGAAACUGUGUUUGUACAAGCUAGGUAGUGCCUAGGCAUGGUCUGCAAAAGAAAUCUAUGCUCAUCUCAGGCAAGGAGAUUGUAGGCACAAGAGAGAAGUGAGCCACUGUUCGGAGAGGAGGUUUGUGGUUGUUUGGUGCAAGAAGUCUUUUUGAGCAGAAAGUGCACAGGAGCAAAUGGUUGAUUUGCAUCCUUUCCAGAUUGUUGAACGUCACCUCAUUUUGCAAAUGGCAUAAACAACUUCAGGGCAGCUCACCAACAUGUCUGUCUAGAGAAGAACAUGUGUUUUGACUUUGCAAUUCUUUUUAUUUAAGGCAGCCUGAGUGUAGGAGAAACAUCGCUCAGUAGCAGAGUACUCUAGAUUCAUGUGCCAACGUUGGAAGAUAUCGUCAUGCAGCAGAAAACUGCCAUGCCACACAUUUCUGCAAGGACAAAUCAGUUUGUUGAAAGAAAUUUUCUUUGGCAAAACACAUCUGUUAUCCUUGAAAAUCCAUUACUGAAGAAAUUAGUGGUGAGAGAGAGUGUGCGAGAGAGAAUGAGUGAGAGACUAUGUGGAAAUAAGAGGUAUUUACAUUUACCUCUAGAGAACAUGAGAACAUUCAACAAAAUAAAAUAAAUUGCGCUGUGGAAACAUUGCUACAAAACCAUAUGUGACCUUCUUAAAUGUAUAAUGCUUUCACCUCAUCUAGUCAGGUGAGUUUACACUUCUUAGGUCAAUAUUUGAUAUUUAUAAUUCUUUAAUCAUAACUCCAGUUUUAGCUCCUUACUCUAUUUAUCCUAAAGGAUUUGAAUGAAAUUGUGCCUGAAGACAAGUUUUACUUUCACCUUUAUAGUGUUCUUUAAAAAAAAAUAGUCAUUAAACUUUUCCAUUUCUUAAAAGACAACUCACUGUGCGUGUGUGUGUGUGUGUGUGCACGCGCGCGUCUCCGUGUCUCUCUGUGUGUGUGUGCAUUCGCCCUUACCUGUCACAUUGGCGCUAACUUCCAAACAUUGGCAAGUUCAGAAUUUUGCAUCAUGGAACGAAUGGGAGGAGAAACAGCGUUUUAUAUCCUCAAAGGAAAUGAAAUAACUGUUUUAUACAACACAGUAUUCAACAGAUGACGACGUGUAGACCAGGGUGAAUGUACCUCGCUCUUUGCCCCCUUAUAAAUACGCACGCACACACACACUUAAGGUUCAUUAUGAAAUGACUAUAAUAUUGUCAGGGAGAUCUUUGACAAAAUUUGUUUUGUUGGAGCAACAUUUUACAAUGGGUAACAACAUUAAGAGAUUAUCCGGAGCAAAAUAAACGAAACAAUAGUUGUGAUGAGCUGUAGGUCUGAUGUUUCGUGUGUGAAUGGUGUCUUUUGUCUCACGGCUUUGAGUGUUUGCGUCGUUCGGACGACAUUUAAAAGAAAUUAAAGUUUUUUUCCUUACUAUUCCUGUCACCAGAACAAAAACAUACGGUCACAGGAGUUUAAAUUACAAUAGAACAUGUUUGUAUAUGUUGUGUGUGUUUGUACCCCAUUGUGACGACUACAUCACAAGGCCUCUUUCCCCGCUGCCCAGGUCUCUUGUGAAGCGCAUCUAGCUCGCCUCCGUGUGUGGAAAUGUGCUACACAAAUCCUAUUAUUAUUAAUUCUCUCCCCUUCCAUACCCGACAAAUGAGCGCUAAAAAAAGAUCUUCCUUGAGCAUCACUCCCAACACCGGUCCACACAAUGCCAGUCAUUCGUCACACCCUCCCCCUUUCCGCUUAUUGCUUCUUUCCUACUCGUCUUCCUCUGCUGAAUCAUGACACGCUUAGUUCUUGUAACCUGAUUCCUCUUUGCGUUUUCUAAAUUUGUCUUUUUAUUAGUCAUCAGUACUGUUCUUUAUCCUUCCGUUCCUUCGUAUGUUGUGUCUCAAGCACUAAGAGCUCGCUCCUUAUGACAGAGAAUAUGUAAUAUAUAAAUCACGUGUUUAUCAUUAUCGCUGUCAUCUUCCUGCAGGUUCUCAAACGGUUUACUUUCUCCUGACUUCUGUCUUUCCGAUCGCUGUCGAACAUCAACCACCUUCACUUUCCAUCCCCGUGACAUCGUCUCCAUUGUCUGUCUGACUACAACUGAAGGUUGUCUUUCCAUUCCCUUCGUCUGAGAGGACUCAUGAAGGUGUUUGCCAAUUCGUCGUACGCAUGAGGGAGCAAGUGUUUGUAUGACUUAUUACAAUAGUCAUUUAAUUAAGAGAUUGAUUGAUUAUUAAAGUGUCAUCGCCCCAUAGAAGGGGAGCAAAUAAUAAUAAUAAUCAUACAAUAUUACAUUCAAUAGUACAUAGACAUAAAAGCUAGAAAUCCCAACAAUUCCUUCAAAACAAUUAUCUUAGAUACAUAAAUUUCUUAUAAAUUAAGAUAACAAAAUUCCUCCGUACCCUUACCGUUUGCCAUAAUAAAUGUUCAAAAUCUUAAUUCUUCGUCAAGAAAUGAAGGUUUGAUAACAUGACCUGAUCAUCUCAAAUGCUUAACUGUGUCGACUUAGACGAGGAAAAGUGCAAAAGACGAUAACAAAAACUUCCCGCUCUCACCUUAAUCUUCUUUGAGUAACAAGGGGAAGAAUCUCUCUCGCCAGAGAACUGACAAAUGUUUUCAAACUAUUUCAUUAAUCGUUUGCAGACCUUAAAUCACACAGACUGGACGAUAACGCAUAAAACGAUUCAAUGUAUGACAUACCAAUCCAAAUGGACGAGGUCGUAAACUGCUUAUCCUAACCCUGUUUUUAAAAAAAGUUCUUCGUAAAUCUGCUUAUUCAAGUUCUACAAGGCUCUGUUAGCUCUACAAAAUCUUUUUUUUUUCGAGCUCUGCAAAUAUGCUUAUUCUAGCUAUGUACUACUGUAUUUAGAGUUAUGUAAAACUGUUUAUUGUAGCUCUGUAAAACUUCAUUCCAGAUAUGUUAUCUUGUUUUCGGGUUUUUUUUUUAAAGUUUUGUAAUAAGUAUAAAUAUGAGAGUUCAAAUAUGGAGUUCUGUAAAACUUUUACCCUAGUCCGGUGUCGAACCAAGAAUGGUCAUUACCUGCAGCACAAGCACACACAUUAAGCGAAGACGUGGACAGGACAUUUUCUGAUCAUCUCCAGAUUGUUUCAUUGUAUUUAAUUCAUCGCCGAUGUCACUUCACAGAGCUCAACUAGCACCGAAGCAUGUGACAUCGUUAAGGUUCACGCAUAAACAUUUUGAGGUCGUCUGGUAAUGGGAAAGAGAAAUAAUUUUUCCAGGUGGUGAAAACAAAGGUAGAGGCUGCUGUACUGACCACGCUUGGUGUGGAUGGAAUGGACAACGACGUUUCACAGGUGGCUCAUAUAUACAGGGGUUGACAUAAACAGCGCUCAUUCCCACAAAGUGGAUGGUGUGGUAUGAUGACGUCCUAACUCGCCCUACACGGAUUGGUCCUGGCGUGUGGGUGGUUGUGUGAGAGUGAUGCGUGGUCUUGUAACAACAUCCUUAUCACACAAAGCGGGGAGACGCGGUGCCGCGUGCAGGAGCAGAAGGUCGUCCGUCUGUCCUGCAUCAAACUGUCCAAACUCCAGCAGGG